AUGAACGACCCAGUACGGAAGCUUCGGGGGAUGCCAAGCGUGUCCGCGAGGGACGGCAUCUCGGACACGUUCGCGGACCUACACACCAACAUCCAGGAGCACUACUGGAACCGAGGCUUCUUGACGCUGGUUGAGGUGACCGGACAGAAGCUGUGGUUCAAGAAAAGCGAAUCGGUCGAUGAGCUGAAACUGCACAGUAUGAAAAUCAUUCCGGCGAUGGAGAUUGCAGCCAUGUUCUAUAACCCGGUCUAUUGGCCACAGGACACUAGUCCGACCCUGACCCACAUGCACAAGACCAAGAUGAACAAUGAGGCGCGGAACACUUCUUUCACUCGUGUAGGCAAACAUUUGGUAUCCAUAUGA